AUGACUUCCGUCAAUAUCGAUCUCCAAAGGGAAGACCUAGGGAUCCCGAAUCAAAUCAGAGCGUUUCAGAAUUAUAUUGAUAGGAACGAUGCCGAGGUCAAAAGGAUACAUGCGAUUGUGCAUAUGGCAACGAGCUCUGCCCCAGAUAUCGACAUGGUCAUCGAGGAAACCAGAAGGACUCCAUUUACAAACAGAAUCGCCAGCGUCAGGCUGCAUCACGCCAGGAAACUAAAGUUCCCCGAAUAUGCAGGAAACACAGACCCAAAGGCCUAUGUACGAGCCUUCCGUUUAACAAUAUCAAGAGCACACCUCACCGACGACGAAAAAGAGGCCGGUUACUGCCGCUUCUUCGCCGAGAACCUCACGGGGGCCGCCCUCGAAUGGUUCGCUGGACCAGAAGAAAACUCGAUUGAAAAUUUCACUCAGUUGGUAUCUACGUUCCUCAAACGGUAUUCAGUCUUCAUAGAGACAAGUGUUACCGAGACAGAUCUUUGGAAUCUCAAGCAAGCACCUUUCGAGCCGUUAAGAGCGGAAGAACUAGCAGUACGAGCACCUAUCUCGUUGGAUGACGCCCUACACCGAGCCUCUUACUUCGCCACCCAUGAAGAGGAGGUCACAACCUUAAAGGAACAGUAUAACGCGAACAAGAAUAAUGCGACUAAAAAGCCUACUGCUCCUAAGGAGCCGGGAAACCAAGCAGGAAUCACCAAGCUCCCCACCCCCAGCUCCGAAGAAAAGAGUCGACAUGAUUACGUGGGGGCCAACAUCAAUGCAACCGACGAAAUCAGGAGCCAGACCGAAGGGAAAAUACGUUUCGAGAUCACAGUAGCAAUCCGCACAUUGGAAGACCCCGAUGAUGCUACUCCUCCUCUCAGCAUCGCUCAGUACAACCCAAACAUGAAGUCUCCUUGCGGAAAAAUCCCCAAAUUCAAGCGAAAGAACAAGAUGACCAAAAUUCGCGAGCUACUGGAAAAACUGAUUGCCCUACAAAUUCAGAAAAAAGACAGAACGCAGACCCCUAAUCGCAAUCUGUCUUGGGGGGGGGGGGGGCAGAAACACUGCCGUCCAGCACUGACUAAAAGAUGGAAUUUUCCAGCCCACGACAAAGGCAAAAAACGAAUCGACUUCAUUUACGGAGGCUCCAAGUUGUGCAAUUCGGUCAACUCAAUCAAAGCGUACCAACGGAGAGCCGAAAACAACGUAGGAGUGAGAGAGUCCCUAUCAGGUCCCGAUUAUGAAAUCACCUUCGACGAAAACGAGACCGCAAGUCUCGAUAAACCACACGACAACGCUCUCGUGAUACGACUCGACGUCGGCGGGUGCGAACUAACUCGAGUAAUGAUCGACACCGGAAGCUCGACUGAUGUCCUUUUCUACGGCGCAUUCAAAAGAAUGGGAUUCACCAAAGCACUCCUAAAGCAAGAACGAACACCCCUCAUCGGGUUCGCAGGAGAAACCACCUAUUCCCUCGGAUCGAUCGAACUCGCGGUAACCACCGGAGAAAUUAGGAAAAUCGUAGAAUUCAUCGUGAUAGACCGUCCAGCCCCGUUUAACGCAAUCCUUGGGAGGCCUUGGCUAUAUAGCAUGAAGGCAGUUCCUUCAACAUAUCACCAAUGCCUGAAAUUUCCAACCCCGAAAGGAGUCGAGACUAUCAGAGGAAGUCAGAAGAGCUCCAGAACAUGCUACCUCGCAAGCUUCAAAGACAUCUAG